CCUUCCAUUCCUUCUCCGUUGCCACCUCGAUGUUGGUUCUUUAAACCUGUCUUUCGGAUUUGUUCCAUUUUUGGCAUGUAAUUAUGUUUCUCAACAACUUCUAUCCACCUUUUCUUCGACAAUUCAUGAGUUAGGGUUUCGACACUUCUGAGGACAGUCUCCAAUCGCAAAAUUCAGAAAUGGCACAUCUAUAUAAAAGCCGACUCCAAAACUAUGCUCAAAAGAAGAACAUUGCUUUCCCGAUGUACGCCUGUGAGAUGCAAGGCCCACCCCAUUCCCGUCUAUUUAAAGCACGGGUUACCAUUGACGGGGUUAUGUACGAGGGACCCGAGUUUUGCACCACGUUGAAGGAUGCGGAACACGCAGCUGCUAAAGUUGCUUUCACAUCGUUAUCGCCAGAUGGAGCAAAAGAAGACGAUUGUUUGUACAAAAGUCUUUUACAAGAAUUGGCUCAGAAGAAGGGUCUCGUUCUUCCGGUUUAUGCCACAAAUAGAGCUGGCCCACCUCACAUGCCGAGCUUUGCCUCGACCGUUCAGAUAGCUGGCAAAUGCUUUGUAGGGCAAGAAGCCCGAACGAAGAAGCAGGCUGAGAUGAAUGCUGCAAAAGUUGCUUAUACAGAUCUUACCGAAGGUGGACCAAGAGUGAACAAUGCAGCGGUUUUCUCCGACAUUCAGAUGGUCGGGACUUCUAGUUUUGGAUCUUCCAGCGCGCAGAUGGUUGUGGCGGACAAAAAAGAACCGACCCUCAUAUCGAGCACUAGUAAGAUGGGAACAACCAUUAACGAUCAAGCCAGUUGUUCAAUUGCAAAGGAAGCGGAGAAAGCAAAAGGUCUCUAUUGGAUGACUACGAUCCCAAAUGAAGAUACCGAGAAGCAAAGGGUGACUUUGCCGCCAGUCGUGAUCCAUCAACCUCAGUCAAAAACCACACCAAAUGUUGUUGAUUCCGUGAAACUAAAUGUCGGGCGGGAAAAUCUCGUAUCUCAAGCUCACGAAGGGUCGGGCUUGAAUGGAAAAAGAAGCCAACAAAAUCAAUCUUCUGUCACGGAUUUGGGUGCCGCAAAGCCGGUUUCAACCAAGAUCGUGAUUCGGCCACACGUACACGGCAUGACCUACGAGGGUCCGAUCGAAGUGGCGGAUGACGAAUGGGUGGCGAUGAAAGUGAACGUUGAUGAUGAAGCUUGAUUGUUACUAGUAAUGUACUUGAUUUAUGUAGGCCUCUAAAAUCAAUUUAGUUAUGUGCUUCUUUUCAAGGGUUUUGAAAUCUUUUGAGGUUUUUUUUGGAUGUUUAGAAAUACAAUUAUCGGGCGAUGCGGUUAAUCGAGAGUUCAUAUAUUUAUAUUAUCGGUUUUCGGUUUUUUUAAAA